UCUCUUCUUCUUCUCGCCAUCUCGUGUCAUAUCAUAGGUAUCAUACCACGAUUUAUCAUCAUCAUCACCAUCACACGCUAGACGCAGAACUUUCAACCAUGGGCACUGCAGCGUCCACACCCGUCGUGCCAGCCCGCUCCAUUUCCAAACGAGAUCCACGCCGCAACGUGCCCCGCGAAGCUCCUCCUUCUUCUCAUCCUUCCAUGAGCUUGGACGAGAAAUUCGACGCUUUCCGAAUCAAUGAGGAUGAUGAUGAUGAUGAUGAUCAAGCAGACAGCAGCAGCAGCAGCAAGAAGCCUUCCGCAACAACAACAGUAACAACAAGACACAUCUUUCCCUCCCCCUCCUCCAACAUCUCCCACAUCGACACCUCCAACACACAAGCCUACGUCCUCCACAUUCUCCAAGACCCCAAAAACCGCCUCGGCCUCUCCGCCCUCUCCUCGCACAACCCGGCAACCAUUCUCGAAAAACCAGCAACUCUGAUCCGCGAUACGCAAUAUUUCAACGUCAAAAUCCCUUUUGAGGGAUCCCCCGUGACGAAUCAGCGCAGUAGUGGACGUUGUUGGAUUUUUGCUGCCACAAAUGUCUUUCGUGUGGCCAUUCAGCAGAAAUAUAAUAUUCCGCGAUUUGAACUGUCGCAGGCAUAUUUGUUUUUUUGGGAUAAAGUGGAAAAGGCGAAUUAUUUUUUGGAGUCUAUUUUGGAUACUGUUGACGGUGAGGAUGUGGAUGGGAGGUUGGUGAGUGCGUUGAAUGCGAGUCCUGUGGGGGAUGGGGGACAAUGGGAUAUGAUUGUCAAUUUGGUCGACAAGUAUGGUAUCGUGCCACAGACAAUGUACCCGGACUCUUGGAACGCGCAAAACAGUGCAGUCAUGGACCGGACACUGACUACCAAACUUCGAGAGGAUGGCCUGCGUCUGCGAGCUCUCGUUUCCGCGUCUGCAUCAACGACGAAGAUUGCCGAAGCCAAGGAGAAAAUGAUGCAAGACGUCGUUCGCAUCCUCACUCUCUGCCUCGGACCACCUCCUGCCGUGGAUCAAAAGUUCACGUGGGAAUUCUACGACGCAAACAACACCUUCAAGUCCAUCUCUCUCACACCUACCGAAUUUGCCAAUACCACUCACGUGAAACGCUUCAUAUCCCUCGUCCAUGAUCCCCGAAACGAGUACAACCGUCUGCUCACCGUCGACCAUCUCGGCAACGUCUGGGACGGCCGUCCCAUCACCUACGUCAACGUCGAAAUCGGCGUAUUGAAGCACGCGUGCGUGGCAAUGUUACAGAAAGGACUUCCCAUCUUCUUCGGUUCCGACGUCGGCAAGCAAUCGGAUUCGCGUGCGGGCAUCAUGGAUACAGAUCUCGUCGACUACGAGCUCGGAUUCAAUAUCAAGCUGGGUCUGACCAAAGCUGAACGGCUCCUCACAGGUGAAAGUGCAAUGACUCACGCCAUGGUGUUGACCGCUGUGCACUUGGACGAAGACAACAAGCCUAUUCGGUGGCGUGUGGAGAAUAGCUGGUCGGAGACUGCAGGGACAAAUGGAUACUUUGUCAUGUCUGAUAAGUGGCUCGAUCAGUUUGUGUACCAGGCCGUGGUUGAUCCGAGUGUGUUGGCCAAGAGUGUGAGAGAUGUGUUGAAGCAGGAAGCAAAGGUGUUGCCCUUGUGGGAUCCCAUGGGUGCGCUGGCUUAAUGUAGCCUAGUAGCUAGAAGGUAGGUAGGUAGCUUUGAUCAUGCGGGACUUGCUCUGGAAGUUGAUAUUUGUCAAAUGACUAUACCAUGAUGAAU